AUUUUAGUAACGGCAGCGGAUGGAUACGUUACCAAAGCUGUACAGCGCGUUCAAAAUAAGGCGAAGAAGAAAAAACAAUACGCCAAAUAUUUAAAUAAUACAAGCAGUAUUAUCCAUUUAAAUGCCAUAGAGCGUUAAUCCAUCAGCUAAAAUUCGAAUCUGCGACAGUCUCCACAGGUCGCUCGUGUUAAGAGAAGGGCGGAAGAGACAAUAAAAUCGCGCAGUACGGGGGCCAAUGCAAACUGAAUGAGCGCAUCGGCAACCGAGGAACACCUUCCGUCUUCCUCCACCGCGGUCUCCAUUUUAACUCCUCGCCCAGCCUGCACCUCACGUGUCCUGGACUGUCUUUCUCACAUGACCCGUGUGUUUGUCCCCGUGAUCAGAGCUUCCAUCUCCCGUAUUUCAAGUGUCGCUGAAUAUCGCAUUUUAAAAUCCGCUCGCCUUCAUGGAUAUGCUCGAUCAGAGCUUGGACACCUCGACGAGUCACGAGAAACAGGAAACUGAGGAGGUUGUUCAGCUACAGGAAGCAGAGGGGGUGGGGGUGGAGGAGCAUACAGCGGUUACCAUAGCGAGUGUCCAGCAAGCAGCAGCGUUUGCAGACCACAAUGUUCAAUACCAGUUCCGCACAGAGAACAGUGGUGGACAGGUGACGUAUCGUGUGGUCCAGGUAACGGAUGAUCAUUUAGAGGCAGCUGGAGAUGGUGGGACUGCAGUCAGUGUGGUGUCCUCAGCUGCCUUCGCGGGCGCACAUCAAGCAGUAGCACAGGCUGUUAUACAGAACCCUUUCAGUAAUGGAGGCAGUCCAGCAGGAGAGACGGUGGGUGGAGAGACGCGCUUUGCCUAUUUCCCAGCAGCAACUGUUAGUGAUGGUACAGCUGUGUCAGUGCAGGCCACCUCUGAUCCAACACUCGCACAGGCUGGAGGUCAGUUUUACGUGAUGAUGAGUCCACCAGAUGUUUUACAAACUGGCACACAACGGACCAUCGCUCCUCGUACGCACACUUAUUCCACAGACCUUGGUGACCGUGAGACUCUUCAACACAGCAGAUCAGACUGGAAGAUUGAUGGCCCCCGGGCACCUCGUGAUGAGAGGAGGAGAGCACAGCACAAUGAAGUUGAAAGGAGAAGAAGAGACAAAAUCAACAACUGGAUUGUCACUCUGUCGAAAAUUAUCCCAGACUGCAAUAUGGACAAUACCAAAACAGGAGCGAGUAAAGGAGGCAUCCUAUCUAAAGCAUGUGACUACAUCAGAGAACUCCGACAGACUAACCAGCGGCUGCAGGAGAGCUAUAAGGAUGUGGAGAGAAUACAAGUGGACAAUGAGCUACUAAGACAACAGAUUGAAGACCUGAAGAACGACAAUGCACUGCUCCGAGCUCAACUACAACAGCAUGGCCUGGAAAUCAGUGAAAGUACAUCAUAAUGACAAAACUAGAAAAAAACAUGAACAGAAAUAAACAGUCUCUACAACAAAGCUCGAAGUGGAGACAAAACCCUAAAUGACUCUUGAUCACAUCUCAUUACAGACUUAAGAUUUUCAGCAACUCUGUGGGGAAUGAAUGCUUGUUUGAAACACAGACACACAUUCUUAUGGCAAGAGACUCUUUGACAGCAGCGAAAAAUAAUGUCUGUUGUAAAAGCACUCUGUUUUCUGCUUCACUCCCAUGAGAACUCAAGAACCCGGACUCAUGCAAAUAUGGAAUCACCCACCCCCUCCAUAAGUGUCACACUUAUCUUUGUUCUAGUUUGAAUAUUGGGAUUGUGAACCAAUUAUAUGCCUUCCCAUGCCUAAUAUCCAUCUUUUGUUUUAAACCGUUUAAUUUUGUGGAUUUUAUUUUUGCUACAAAGUGCAAAUUUUACUACUGUUUCUGAUAUGGCAGAAGGUCUUUUGAAGGGUUUUUCGGUAUUGUAUUUAUUAGCUUUCAAAAGAAAUUAUGCUGCAGGUAUAUUAAAUCUUUGCAUUCGGUGUAAAGUUGAAAUGUCAACUUCAACGAAGUUGUCAAGCAGCCUAAACCUUUUUUUUUUGUUUUGUUUUUUUCUGCUCUGCAGUCUUUCCCUAUAUCGGAUUUAAGAUUAUCAGACUAAUCAUAGAUUUGACAGUGGCACAUCAAAACUAUAUGCGUUACAGUGAGUUUACUUAAAAUGCAUCUGAAAGUACAUAUUAGAUGAGAUAACUAAGACAUUUUCAUUUUCUUAAAACUGCAAGUGUAUAGCAUUACGUACAGUUUUCAGAGUACAUCAUAUUUAAUGCACUGUGAUUUAGUGAAGGAAGAUGAGUAGCUCAGGGUUUUGUGACACAGGAAAAUAGCAAUGCCUCUGGAAUGCCCCCCCUAACCUUGUAACCCUGCACCUUUUUUGCCCUUUUUGGCUUUACAUACUAGAUUCUAAACAUGUACUGUAUAUAUCAUGUAUUUCAACCAGUUGUUCAAAUGUCAUUGAAUUUUACAGUCCUAAUUUCCAAGCUCAAUUAUCUACAUCAACAUAGUUUUAAAAAAUAAAAUGGAAAAUGCACAAUAAAAAUGUAAAGAAUUGGUACUGUUAGUGUUUUUGUUCAUUUUGUUUUUAUUGGUAAUCUUCCAUUUUAUUUUCCAUUUUAAAAACAAUUAUAAUUCAUAUUUAACCGCAACAUUGUUUUGAAAAAUUAAAUAGAAGACGAGCUAUAAAAAUGAACAAAAAUCACUACAUUAUAAGAAUGUACAAUUUAUAUGAGCUUAAAUGUCUGACAGCAACAUGGUUAUUAUUGCUGAAGAGCAAUGCAUAAGGAAACCAAACAUCAAAAUCUAACAGUGAUUUAUUUCCUCUCCUUGUUAAUUAUAGUCCUUAGCAAUAUAUCUCUAAAGUUUUAAGGACAAUUCAGGCCUUCAGAUCAAUUCAACUUCAGAGGAUUGAUGUAAAAUUAGCAGAUAAAAAAAUUUGACCUAAAAUAUUAUGUGAUCAGACCUCCAUUCACAUUGUGAGUUUCAUUUAUUACACAGCAAUACAAAGAAUGAACAGAUAAACCCUUAACACUCUGUUCUCUUUAUCUCUUUUUUUAAUGCUAAACUUGAAUGACUAUUGAUUGAUAUUUAAGAAUAGUCUAAUGCACUGGUGCUUUUUAAACCAAAUUAUAGAAAGAGGAAAAAAACAGAAGAAAGAGUGUAUUAUUCAUGUAUGUCUAGUUAUUCAUUUAAGAACCCUCAGCAUGGCAUUUUAACCACUGGUUUGAUUGCUAUAAGCUAUACUAUACAGUUGCUUUGUUUAUACUUGAUGACUGUUGAUGUUUAUGUAUGUACUUAUAUGCAAGAUGAAAACAGAGAUACAAUGUGUAGAUUAUUUCUUUGAAAGAAAAAAGUUUUAAAAUAAAUUUUAAAUAACUCCCAUGAACAUCCAUAGUUUCAAUGCUACUGCUGCACUGUAUUCAUGCAAAAAGACAAUUUCGAUGUAGUCUAGGAAAAGUGCAUAAUAUCAAGUAGUACAGUAGGGGACUUCAUUAGGAAGUUAUACAGUAUAUGAGCUGAUGACGUGAGUGGGUCAUAAUUACAUCAACACGACUCGGUAAGAACAAUCUUGAGUAAUUUUAAAUGCUUUGUAAAUAUUUAUUAGUUCACAGGUAUAGGCAUCCAUAGUAAGGGUUUUACAUGUAUUUGCUGCAUAUUUUAAGAAUAGUUGUAUCUACAUUUACCAUACAUUUAAUACAAUAUUAU